AGUGUGACCCUUAUUUUUAUUUAUUAUAAAUAUUAUAAGAUCAUGACAGGUACCAAAGUCGGAGCAUAUCAAACUUCCAUGAUGGCAAUUAUGACAAAGAAAUCACAUGAAUUACAUGAGUGAGAGUUUGAAGUCGGAAAAAAGCCAAGGCCCUAGACCUUUCUGAGUUCGACUAUCAUAGAUACUACUCCCUAGUUUGUUAAACAAUAUCGUUUUAAGGCACCUGGAAAGAAACGGCACCGUUUUCGGCCCUUCUGCUAUACUUGACCGUUGCCUGUCCUUAUAUUAUUUUCCUAGCUUUGAUUAGUUGAUUUUCAAGCAAAGGCUGAAAUGUUGGCACUUUCUCGAGUGGCAGACGUUGGCAAUUUUACCAGAAUACCCUUUUUGAUUUGUGUUCAAAUCACUAUUCCCGCCCUAAUCAAUCUCAAGCUUCUGCGGAUACCCGGAUUUAAUCUUUACCACUCCAUCAAUGAUUACAGAACUGCCAAAAUCUCGAUACCCAGAAAAGAUUUCACGGUUGAUGGAAAUGUGGCACGGUGUAAUUGGAUGAUCACCAACCUCAGCAAAGAUGGACGAAUUAUGGAAGCACGAAGACUGUUCGAUGAAAUGCGUGUCCCGGAUGUGAUUACUUGGACAACUGUGAUAUCAGGUUAUAUCAAAUGUGGAAUGAUUGAAGAAGCGAGGAGGCUGUUUGAUAGAGUCGAUGCGAAGAAGAAUGUGGUUACCUGGACAGCUAUGGUUGGUGGGUAUAUAAGGUCGAAUAAGAUUUCCGAUGCGGAGAAGUUGUUUAAUGAGAUGCCUAACAAGAAUGUGGUUUCUUGGAACACUAUGAUUGAUGGGUAUGCCCAAAAUGGUCGAAUUGAUUCGGCUAUGUACCUUUUUGAGGAAAUGCCGGAGAGGAAUGUGGUUUCUUGGAACACGGUUAUGUCUAUGCUGGCUCAGUGUGGGAGAAUUGAGGAGGCACGGAGGCUCUUUGAUCGGAUGCCUGAAAGGGACGUGAUUUCUUGGACUGCCAUGAUUGCUGGGUUGUCAAAAAAUGGGAGGAUCGAUGAAGCUAGGCUGCUUUUUGACAGAAUGCCAGAGCGCAAUGUGGUUUCAUGGAAUGCGAUGAUUACAGGUUAUGCCCAGAACUUGAGAUUGGAUGAAGCUCUUGAUUUGUUUGAGAGGAUGCCCGAGAGGGAUCUUCCUUCAUGGAAUACAAUGAUCACAGGUCUUAUUCAGAAUGGGGAUCUAAGGAGAGCAAGGAAGUUGUUCAAUGAAAUGCCUAAAAAAAAUGUCAUCUCUUGGACUACUAUGAUCACUGGCUGUGUCCAAGAAGGAGAGAGUGAAGAAGCCUUAAAAAUAUUUUCAAGGAUGCUGUCAACGAAUGGGGCAAAGCCUAAUCAAGGAACUUUUGUGAGUGUUUUGGGUGCUUGUAGUAACUUAGCUGGUCUUGGUGAGGGACAACAGGUUCAUCAGAUAAUAAGUAAAACUGUCUAUCAAGAUAGCACAUUUGUGGUAUCGGCGCUCAUAAACAUGUAUUCAAAAUGUGGAGAGUUGGGGACUGCUAGGAAGAUGUUUGAUGAUGGGAUGACUAGCCAGAGGGAUUUGGUUUCUUGGAAUGGUAUAAUUGCAGCUUAUGCCCAUCAUGGAUAUGGUAAGGAAGCUAUCAACUUUUUCAAAGAAAUGCGAAAAUCCGGGUUCAAACCUGAUGAUGUCACCUAUGUGGGGUUGCUCUCUGCGUGCAGCCAUGCUGGCUUGGUGGAGGAGGGGCUAAAGUACUUUGAUGAGCUUGUGAAAGAUAGGUCCAUACCAGUAAGAGAAGAUCACUAUGCAUGUUUGGUUGAUCUAUGUGGUCGGGCAGGGAGGCUCAAGGAGGCUUUUGGUUUCAUUGAGCGGCUUGAGACCAAGCCAUCAGCACGUGUCUGGGGCGCUCUUCUUGCCGGAUGUAAUGUUCAUGCAAAUGUGAAGAUAGGGAAACAGGCUGCAAAGAAGCUUUUAGAGGUGGAGCCAGAGAAUGCAGGCACUUAUUUGCUGCUCUCAAACAUAUAUGCAUCAACUGGGAAAUGGAGAGAAGCUGCAAGAGUGAGGUUGAAGAUGAAGGACAAGGGUUUGAAGAAGCAGCCUGGCUGCAGCUGGAUUGAAGUUGGCAACAGGGUUCAUGUAUUUGUAGUUGGCGAUAAGUCUCAUUCACGAUCUAAGCUUAUUUAUUCUUUACUCCGCGAUCUUCAUUCAAAGAUGAAGAAGGCUGGGUACGAACCGAAUAAUGAUUUUAUAUCGGAUGAGGAUUUCUCAUUAACAUAAUGAAGUUCCAAACUUGAGAAGUUGAUGGUA